CACAAGCGGUGUCUAUCGCACAGCGCUCUUUUGAGAACAUUACUAUGAGAGCAUGACUUGUUUACCACUGGUCGUGAUAUUAUUAUUUUUACAGGUAUGCUGGAUAGCUAGAGCUCAACGUUCACACAAUGGGCAGUGUAUCACUACAGAUGACAGGUUCAACAUCAGCUGUUUGAUCAUCAACCUGGAGUAUAUUGAAUGCACCUGGAACAAACCACAAAUGCAGCAGAUAAACUACACCUUCAGCAGUAUGUUUUCCGGUGAAUCACUCCGUGAGUGUACAGAGUACCUCCAGGAGGACGGUCAGAAUGUAGGGUGCAGGAUGUUUCCUAACCUCCCAAUAAAGCGGUUUGAUAAGUUUUACACAAAUCUCUCUGUUGGAGGAAAUUUGACAACCUGUAAAGAUUACGCAGAGCUAAAACAAAGAGUGAAGCUCAGCCCUCCCUAUAACCUGUCCGUGUCUGCGAAGAAUAAAGGCGAAGCAGUCUGUGUGACUUGGAUAAGGAAUAAUACCAAGAACAAAAAAUGUGUGGAGGAUGUGGUAGGCUAUCAGAAAGCCUCUGGCCCAUGGAAGAUCAUUAAACCAAAGGACCCAAAUUCAUACUGCUUGUCUAUGGUCUCCAGUGGCGUUGUGUAUACGUUCAAAGUACAAAGCAGAAUGUCAGAGAGUUGUGGUGCUUCGGAUAUUUUGAAUGAUUGGAGUCAUCCAGUGCAGUGGAAUAACCCCAAGCCUACCAAUAAACCGAAUACAUCACAGCCGCAGGUGUACUGGCAUGUGUUGGGGUCUGUUCUGGGAGUCAUUAUCCUCAUCAGCCUUUCUUUGCUGUUGUACUAUAGUGAACGGAUUAAAGUUGUUUUCGUUCCUGUGGUACCUGACCCAAGCAAGAGCCUACAGGAUUUAUUUAAGAAAUAUAAUGGCAAUGUUGAGAGCUGGGUUUAUAUCUCCCGAGAGCUGAAGGAGGCUUUCGAGCCUGAUUACACAGAGUCUCCAUGUGUUGUAUGUGAACCAAGUCCCACUUUAAAGACUAAAACUGCGGAUGCUCCUAUGAAGCAGCCUGCCUCUUAAACUCUACUGUACACAUUUGUUGUUUUUAAUUACUCCAAGUCAAUGAGUUUCUUUUCUGUUCAGCAUGUUUGCAAUGGUGAUGCACAACCUCAGCCUUGAUGCAGACGUGCCGUAGCAAAAACCUUUAUGCCUGUUAGCACUAGGUUUUGCUUGGAAGUCUUUGAAAGGCUUGAUUUUUAAACAGAUGUUGUCAUGGGUACUUGACUUUGAAUAAAUAACUGAAGAGUA